GUCUUUUCCACUCAAUUUGCUGAUCAAGAUAUAAGGUCGUUUCUGUAGAACCAUAUAUAAGAUUGCUUGCUAAUAACUCAGCGCAGUACUGGACUGACAGGGAAACAAGCUAGUUACAAUGAAGACAAUUUUGGUUUUGACAGCUCUAGUGGCAGUGGUAGUGUCCCUCCCCGCUGACACGUAUAACCCAGAAUACGACAACUUCAACGCUCAGGAAUUGGUAGAAAACCUCCGCCUUCUGAAGAAUUAUGGAAAAUGUUUCUUGGACGCUGGCCCUUGCACCCCUGAGGGAAAUGACUUCAAAAAGGUAAUACCAGAAGCUUUGAGAACCUCAUGCGCGAAAUGCACACCGAAACAACGUGAAUUGGUUCGUACUGUGGUACGCGGAUUCCAAACCAAGUUACCUGACAUGUGGCAACAGCUUGUCAACAAGGAAGACCCCAAGGGCCAAUACACCCAAGCCUUCAAAGAAUUCCUGGAAGCCUCCAACUAAACGAUACAACGUUAACUAUGUUUAAGUUAUAACAUCACAAUUAAAUUUACGAAUAUUAUUAAAUUCCAAAAGUGGUUAGAGGAUUUUUAUCCUAACGUCAUCGCAGUAUUGCAUGAGUAUUGUGUUAAUUUAUUUUAGGCGACGCAUUUUAUUUGCUUAUAUGUUUAAAUAUUUAAAUAAAUUUUGUUAAAAA